AUGCAGCUUGAUAGGAACCAUUUCGGCGUGUUUAUGAGCAGACCGCAAAAGGCCUCAGUGAGGCAACUCGUGCUUGCGAGAUGGAGUGCCACAUUCAUUGCGGCUUGGCUUAGUCUGAAGCUCCUGCAGUCCAAGAGGAGCGCAGGGUUCACAGAAACAGUGCCAGUCAAGUCAGAUACUCCACCUGGUGUUCAACCGAAGGAGGUUCAAUAUGCGGGACGAACUCUCGACCUGACUCUGUUCACCGUAACUCGAGCACUCGACGUCUUGGUUGGCGAAGUUUGGUCUCGUAGGCGCGCGCGUCGCGUUGCGCAAGGCAAGUGGACAAAGGUCGAAUCAAUCGUCGGCAAAUUUACUGACCCGAGCUUGUUCGUAUCCUCCUGUGCUCUGAUCAUGUGGGCGUGGUUCUACAACCCCUCGAGACUCCCCAUUGCGUACAACAAGUGGAUCAGCUCGGCGGCAAACGUCGACAUGCGUCUGAUCGAGGCUCUUCAAAGACUGCGCGACGGCAAGCUCAUCUAUGGCGUCGACACUGGACAGGCAGAGUUGCUCCAGGGUAUGUGUGCCAAGUACAAGUGGCCGAUGGAAUGGGGAGACCCGGCCAAGUCCGUCCCCAUUCCGUGCGAGAUGGUCCACAUGGGUGUAGGCCCCUCGUGCGAGCUUCACGCGCUGAGCCGUUUCUACCGGUCGUGGGAGUGGUCCAUGGCCAUGUACCUCCCGCUGAGCAUGGCGCUCCUCGUACGGGGGCCCAUCAACAGGAAGAGCUUCGUACGGGCUCUGCUAUCGGCCUCCCGCUCCUCGGCGUUCCUAGGAACGUACAUCACACUGUUUUACUACGGCGUGUGCCUUGCGAGGACCCGACUUGGGCCUCACAUCAUCGGCAAGGACAGAGAUGCGAGACAGCACAUUGACGCCGGACUCUGCGUCGGUACGGGAUGCUGUCUCUGCGGAUGGAGCGUCCUCGUCGAGACCGCAAGUCGCCAGAAGGACAUGGCCUUGUUCGUCGCGCCCCGGGCCAUGGCCACACUGCUCCCUCGCCGUUACGGCAUGGAUAAGCAAUGGCGGGAAACGGUUGUGUUUGCUGCUAGCACGGCUGUUGUUUUUACCUGCAUCUUGGAGAAUCCCAAGCGUGUAAGAGGUGUUCUUGGAGGUGUUUUGAGUUUGGUCUUGCGUAACUAG